GAACAUGGUGAUCUCAGGGUCACUGCAGAGCAAAUACAGGGAGGCAACAUUUACCAGCUAUUUAAAAUAAAACAUGUGGAUAGAGUUGUGCUAAACAAUGUAAUGUGAUAAUAAUUAUGAGUAGUUCAAGCUUUAAAAAGCAUGUUUAACUACAUGCAUGUUGAAGAAGGUUGCUAAGGGACCCGCACUGCCCCUUUAAACCUCUCUCCUCCUCCCCGUUUCUCUCUCCCUCCGUCCGGCUCUUCUUCCCCAUUUCGCUGCUUUGUUUUCAUUGUCGCUCUUUUUAUCAUGGCUGCUCAUUCUACUGAAGAACCGUUCCCCUUUCACGGGCUGCUCCCCAAAAAAGAAACAGGCGCCUCGUCUUACCUCACCAGGUUCCCCGAGUACGAUGGCCGAGGGGUGCUCAUCGCCAUCCUGGACACCGGCGUGGACCCCGGGGCCCCCGGCAUGCAGGUCACAACUGAGGGGAAGCCAAAGAUCAUUGACAUCAUUGAUACAACAGGCAGCGGUGAUGUGAGCAUGACCACUCUUGCAGAACCCAAAGAUGGGACUGUAGCUGGCCUCUCUGGUAGAACACUCAAGAUUCCUCCUGCCUGGGUCAAUCCAUCAGGGAAGUAUCGCAUUGGAGUUAAAAAUGGCUAUGAAUUUUUCCCUAAGGCACUUAAGGAGAGAAUACAGAAAGAGCGAAAGGAGAAGAUGUGGGACCCCCCGCACAGAGCAGCACUCGCUGAAGUCUCACGCAAGUCAGAAGAGUUUGACCUCGCUCACCCAACACCCACACAGAUGGAGAAGUUGCAGAAAGAGGAGCUGCAGAGUCAGUCAGAGCUCCUGGCAUCACUAGAAAAGAAGUACAGCGAUCCCGGCCCUGUGUACGACUGUGUACUUUGGCAUGACGGCGUCACAUGGAAGGCUGUGGUCGAUACCUCCGAGUGUGGAGAGCUGUCCCAGUGCACAGUGUUGAGCUCUUACAAAGAGUCUCAGGAGUAUGCCACAUUAGGAAACGCUGAGAUGCUCAACUACUCUGUCAAUAUUUAUGAUGAGGGAAACACUCUCUGCAUCGUUACCAGUGGAGGGGCUCAUGGGACACACGUGGCGAGCAUUGCAGCAGGCUACUUCCCAGAGGAACCUGAGCGCAAUGGUGUGGCCCCUGGUGCCCAAAUCCUGGCUCUGAAGAUCGGAGACACCCGCCUCAGUACCAUGGAAACUGGCACAGGACUCAUCCGCGCGAUGAUUGAAGUCAUCAACUACAAGUGUGACCUAGUUAAUUAUAGCUAUGGGGAAGCCACCCACUGGCCCAAUUCUGGGAGGAUUUGCGAGGUGAUCACAGAGGCGGUGCAGAAGCACAAUGUGAUGUUUGUUUCAAGCGCAGGAAACAACGGUCCCUGCCUCUCAACAGUUGGCUGCCCCGGGGGAACCACCGGCAGUGUUAUAGGAGUUGGAGCAUAUGUGACUCCAGACAUGAUGGUGGCAGAGUACUCUCUGAGGGAAAAGCUGCCUCCCAACCAGUACACCUGGUCCUCCAGGGGCCCCAGUACAGACGGGGCCCUUGGGGUCAGCAUCAGUGCUCCUGGAGGGGCCAUUGCAUCUGUACCCAACUGGACUCUUCGUGGGACCCAGCUGAUGAACGGCACAUCCAUGUCAUCACCUAACGCCUGUGGAGGCAUCGCGCUCAUCCUCUCAGGAUUGAAGCAGAACGGGAUCCCUCCCUCUGUUCCUGCUGUGAGGAGAGCGCUGGAAAACACAGCGAUGAAGGUUGAUGACAUCGAGGUGUUCGCACAGGGCCACGGAAUAAUCCAGGUUGACAAGGCAUUAGACUACCUCACUCAACACGCCUCUUUACCCACGAGCAAUCUCGGUUUCUCGGUAAGCGUAGGAUCACAGAGAGGCAUCUACCUCAGGGACCCAGCCCAGAUUCUUGCACCCUCAGAUCACGGAGUAGGAAUCGAACCCAUCUUCCCGGAGAACACAGGAAACUCUGAGCGAAUCUCCUUGCAGCUCCACUUGGCGCUGACGUGUGCCGCCCCGUGGGUUCAGUGCCCCUCCCAUCUGGAGCUGAUGAACCAGUGUCGUCACGUCAAUGUCCGCAUCGAUCCUGUGGGACUGAGAGAAGGAGUGCACUACACGGAGGUGUGUGGUUACGAUACAGCAGCUCCGACCUGCGGCCCUCUUUUCAGAGUCCCCAUCACAGUUGUUAUCCCUGCCAAAGUGACAGAUAACCGCAAUCAGGAGCUGAGUUUCACAGACGUCCACUUUAGACCGGGCCAGAUCAGACGCCACUUCAUCACAGUUCCUCAGGGAGCCUCCUGGGCGGUUAUUUAUAUCCUCUCUCUGUAUUGUUCUCCUGUUUCUCCGCCUCCGUCUCCCCGUCUCCCUCCCACAGAGAUCACUCUGACCUCUCAUUCGGGAGAUGUGUCAUCAAAGUUUGUUCUCCACGCGGUGCACCUGGUCAAACAGAAAGCAUACAGAGCCAACGAGUUCUACAAGUUCUCUUCGCUGUUAGAAAGAGGCUCAUUAACCGAGGCUUUCCCCGUGCUGUCGGGGAAGGUAGUAGAGUUGUGUAUCGCUCGGUGGUGGGCGAGCCUGGGAGACGUCACAGUGGACUACAGCAUCUCUUUCCAUGGACUCCACACUUCCCCUUCGCCUCUGCACAUACACGCCUCAGAGGGAGUCACAAACUUUGAAGUGUCGUCGCCUCUGAGGUAUGAAGAGGUGUCUCCAACUAUCACCCUCAAGUCCUGGGUUCAGCCUCUGAGACCCAUCAGCUCAAAGAUUAAAGCUCUUGGGAUGAGGGACGUUCUCCCCAAUAACAGACAACUCUAUGAGAUUGUUCUCGCCUACAGCUUUCACCAGCCUAAGAGUGGAGAGGUCACCCCCAGCUGCCCCAUGCUCUGUGAGCUUCUGUACGAGUCUGAGUUUGACAGUCAGCUCUGGAUGCUGUUCGAUCAAAACAAAAGGUUACUGGGUUCAGGGGACGCCUACCCGCACCAGUAUUCACUGAAGCUGGAAAAGGGCGACUUCACUGUGCGCCUGCAGGUCCGCCACGAGCAGUCCAGCGAGUUGGAGCGCCUGAAGGAUCUACCAUUUGUUGUUUCUCACCGUCUGUCCACCACUCUCAGUCUGGAUGUCUAUGAGACGCAUCGUGCAGCCCUCAUGGCCAAGAAGAAGUCCAACUCUGUCACCCUGUGCCCGGGCUCCAUGCAGCCUUUCUACGUCACAUCCCUGCCAGACGACAAGAUCCCAAAGGGCACGAGUCCAGGCUGUUAUAUUUCGGGGUCUCUGGUUGUCCCUAAGAGCGAGUAUGGCAAGAAAGCAGAUAUUGUUCCAGUCAUCUACCAUUUAAUUCCUGCUCCAAACAAAACAAAGAACGGAGGGAAGGAGAAGGACAAGGAGGCAGACAAAGAGAAGGAUGUGAAGGAUGAGUUCGCAGAAGCGCUGAGAGACUUAAAGAUCCAGUGGAUGACAAAACUGGACUCCAGCUCCAUCUAUGAAGAACUGAGGGAAAACUAUUCUGAGUACCUUCCACUGCACGUGCAGAGGCUGCAUCAGCUGGACUCUGAAAAGGAGCGGGUGAAACGUCUCAGGGAGGUGUCGUCAGCAGCAGACAUCGUCAUCUCUCAAAUCGACCAGACCGCUUUAGCCGUUUACCUCACAAUGAAAACAGACCCUCGGCCUGAUGCUGCUUCUAUCAAGACUGACAUGGAGAAGCAGAAGUCCUCUCUUCUGGACGCUCUGUGCAGGAAAGGCUGUGCUCUGGCUGACCAGCUCCUGCUCCCCCCUGCACCGCAGGACGGCGCUGUAGCUGUCACCACGGGACAGAUGCCAGCCGAGGAGGUGGUGGAACAGGUGGCCAGUAGUUCAGACGACUCCCUACAGAACGUGGCUAAAGCCCUGAUGGACACGUUCUGGGAGGUGCAGAAGUGGGCGGAGCUGACCGACUCCAAGGUGUUGAUGUUUUCAUACAAACACGCUCUCGUGAACAAGAUGUACGGCCGAGCCUUAAAAUACGCCUCUAAGAUGGUGGAGGAGAAGCCAAGCAAAGAGAACAUGAGGAACUGCAUCCAGCUCAUGCGUCACCUCAGAUGGACACACUGCGCCACCUUCAGUGAGAACUGGCUCCCAGUCAUGUACCCCGCAGACUACACACCCUUCUAGACACGCAGUCACACACACACAAACACACACACACACACACACACACACACACACACACACACACACACACACACACACACACACACACACACACACACACACACAUGCAUGCAUAACCAGAGUGGCAGUACAUGGUCCAUUACAUUGCGAUUUCACUUUCAUGCCCCUCAGGGUCACAUGGUCUAUGCAUCUGGAUUUUCACAUGUAGAUGCACCAAAACGAAGCGCAGCGCUGGGUGUAAACGUUUCGAUGCAUCGACCUCUAACAGCUCGACGGGUCACGAUCACAGUGCGUUAGUGCUCAAACUCCUGCCAAGGCUUCAUGAUCUCUUUUUGUGCUCUUCUUCGUUUUGGUGUCAUCUACACACUUUGGAAGUUCUCAUGCAGCCAUCCUCAGCUGGACACUCAUAAAUAACCUCAUUAUUUUGUGUAAAUACUGUAAAAGGGCCGAUGUGGACUGAAAGGAUGCACCCCCCCUAAAAGGAAAUUAAAUGAGACCCCUCCACUCACAGCAGACAGCUCUUAACUAGCCAACAUGGUUCUGGAGACGAGGAAACUUGCUGCUGCUGCUGUGUCAAUUUGUGUCCCCUGAUCCCAAAGGGAGUCUGAGACGGACUUUUAUUUCUUCUUUCUUUGUAUUUUGAUUGUUCCAGCCACGCAGAGCUGACUCAGUUGAGAUUUAGUCCUGUCUUGUCUAUUUAGGCUCUGACUUGCGUACACAAAUCAGUGUUGAGGUGCCUUCUACAUGUACCUUACCUUUCCUAAUGGGAUGAUAAACAGCGUGAGCGUGUUGGCUGCAGAAACCUGCAGAACCAGCAGCCUCAGUCGGACCCUGUCUUGGGCGUUCGCGUUGUUUCAAGGCUCACACCCGCAGCACGAUGCGUCUGUACUGCACGCAGGCCCUUAGUGACUUGGCAGGUAUGUGGAAGCAAUAAAUACACCUACCUGCAGAGGUGUUGGCCACCCACUCUAUACUGCAGUGAUCUGAGCAGCACAUUUGAAAUCCAUCCAACAGACCUCACUAACAGAUCCGAUGCGUUUGUGGGCAGCGUGAAGAGCCUCGGUCCAGAUCUCAUUGUAAAAUGUUCACACAGUGUUAGAUGUUUCUCUGCAGCUUUUAAAAACGCUGCAGCUGUACACAGUGUCAUAAAAUAAUGUACAUACACACGUAACAUAAAAUAUUAAGAUGCAAUAGGUAUAUAAUACAAAUAUUAUUCUAAGUGAUGUAUUUUGCAUAUAUGCAUGUCUUCUAGCGUUUAAGGAAAAAUGUUUUAUUUGGAAGAUUUUAGUUGUUUCAAUUUGGAAGAUUUUUAAUCUCAAACACAAUCCUGAUAGUACCCAUUGUCGUUUUCUUGAGUGUGUGUUUUAUGAAUGACUUUAUGUGUACCUCUGAGCAGACUCCGUGUACGUGGGUUUUUCUCCCAGUGGAACUGAAUUGAUAGCCAUUUAGAGAAUUGAAGCAUGAGUUUGUUUUGUUUUCUUUCUUAUUUGCUUUAAAGGACUAUGCCAGUAUUUUUUUUUUUUAGUGUCUCAUCUGAUUUACCACGAUCACAUAAAACACAUCACAGCUCGCCUUUCUGCUCAUUUCAAACCAGGCAACCUCUGGUUUUCAUUAUCAGAGCGAACAUCAAGUCUGCGUACGACCGCACUUCUUCAAAUUCCUCUGAAUUUCUCUCUUUUUGCCUUUACGACAUAUCGCAGAGCAAUCACGAUGAAGCAAUACUUUCAUAAACACACGGUGGCACUUUAACGUCGUAUGUUUAUGUUGCUGCUGUAGCUUAAACCUGAUUGAACCACAGCCUCAUCGCACCUGCUGGCCCAUUUCCUGAUGUUUCAAACAACACAGCGGUGCAGUUUUCAGGGCAUUUAAUCCAUUACAGCUGCAGGAAUUGUUCCUAGUCAUUGCAGAGGAAUAUAUUUGACCUUCUAAGUGUGAAACUAUUAAAGAGGUAAACAAACAUAAAGCAGAGUUGAUGUUCACUGUGAUAAAAACACAGCUUGAUGCACUUCUAUAACUGUCACGAGAGGAUCAUUAUCCACACAGUGCGACCUGAGGUACUACUUUUUUAUCCAACUAUUCUUCCUCCCAAGCCGCGAUGCAGACAGUCACUUAGUUUGCGUAAACCCCUUUGUGAUUGAGUCUGAGGUGGUAGCUGUGCAUAAUGUGGAGAUAACUUAAAAACAAUGGCUGCACAGAACAGCAGGAAAUUUUAAAUGUGGGACUCCCCUGCGUUCAUUUCAGACGUUGGGUUUGUCGUUGAGCUUAACUUUACAAAAACACUUGCAUCGUCCUUUAAAAUCACCUGAUUCUCAACCCUUAUGACUUCUACAUCUUUUACACAAGCAGUGUAAUUCUGUGGUAUCACUUUAACCAAAGAAUGAUUUUACAAAGUUGCAGUUGUUUUUAUUCUGGUCAUCUCACGAGGGGAAGGUGCAUGCUAACGAAUGUAAACCCCCUCCUGUUACUGGAUUCAGUUAGGUUUGGUACCUGACAGAAUUGACUCUUUGCAUCUUCUGUUUCCUCCCGCUCUGUCUCCUCGGUUUUCACUUUUGCUCAGACAUAGGUUAGGUUAGGUCUUCAGUAAGCGUUGCCAAUGACAGACUCUCCAAAAAUGGCCUUAACUUUCACCACGGGACUGUACCGUCCAUCUUCUGGCACCUCUGUUGCUCUCACUCUGCUGGUGUCCGGAAACACUUCAGAAAUGCUUCUUCUGGAUGACGAGUGUUUAUAUUUAUAGUCAUAAAAUCUAGUAAAUGCCAAUAUUUUACAGAAUGUUAUGAGAUAAGGUUGUAUGCUCUUAGUAUUAUUUUAUAUCCAUUCUUCCUUGAUGACGUGGGGAAUGCCCCAGCUAAUGUCACACUAUUUUGUGGUCACAUUGAAUCAAGUCACAAAGACGGAAAACAUCACUGAAUAAAACUGAUUUGGAAGAAAGAAA